CUCAAACCACUGUUGUUGGUGUACCGUGACAUUGACUUUCGUUUUCGAGACCUUACACCAUCUGUGGUCGCUAGUCAUAUCAUGCAGGCCGAGAACGCUGCUGCUGCUUCGACCUCGACCUCGGACAAUGACUGGGUCAAGCUGAUCAGCAAAGACGGUUACACUUUCUUGAUCCGUCGGAAAGUCGCUAUGAACAGUGGCACUCUCAAGAACAUGGUGAGUGUAGAGAGCAACUUCGCUGAGGCCGCCACAAAUACCUGUACCAUCGACGAUCGUGGCAUUAUAGUCGAGAAGCUGUGUGAAUAUUUAUCGUACAAGAACCUCUAUAAGGAUUCCCCACCAAAGGAGAUACCCGACUUCCUAGAACGCCUGCAGCCCGAGAUCGCUCUCGAUCUACUCAUGGCUGCGGACUACUAUGAAGCAUGACGGCGCUUCAUUCACGCGCAGUGCAUUCGGAACUUGUAUACAAACAGGAUAUCAUUGCCAAAGUCGAUAACAAUAUGCGUAAUGCGUGACAUGGAGUUGUCGUAGUCAUAAUCAUGUGUCGUGAG